AUGUCUGAAACAUCAGCUUGCCCUCUUAAUGAUUUCUUUGAUAUAGAUGAAGAAAAUAACUUAGAUGAGAUAAAAAAGGAAGAUACACAAAUAUAUAAUGGAAAUUUUUUAACUUAUAUUUAUAAGCAACUUGAAUGCUGUUGCUUAAAUUUUUUUGAUGAAUUAGAUAAAAAAAAUAAAAGGAAAAAUAUUACAUUAAAAAAAAAUUAUAUAGAAGAUUACAAUAAAAAUAGAAAAAAUAUAUGUGAAUUUAGUGUAUUUGAUAAAAUACUUAAAAAAAAUGGAGAUUUAAUUACAGAAGUUCCUCUAGAUUCAAAAUAUUUUAAUCCUCAUGCAGAUUGGUGUGAAUGCAUUCAUGAAUUAGAGGUAGAAUUAAAUAAUGAAGAAGUGGAAUUUUGCAUUUUUCAUUUUUUUUUGAAGAUGUAUAGAUCUGAAUCAAGGGAUAAAGAUUUACUUCUAUCUAUUAUAUUAGAAUGUUUAUAUUCCAAAAAAGAUUUUAAAAAAGAGUAUUAUGGCCAAAGAGGAGAUUUCAAAUUUUUAAAAGAAAUAAAAAAUAUAGAAACUAGUAACUUUAAAGAAUCUUUAAAUGAAUUAGUAAACAUAAUUGAAAAUACGAAUUUUAUUGAAUGUAAUAGGAAUAAGGAGGUGAAAACUAAUGGAAGUAAAAAAAAUAACGAGAAAUUUUAUUUUAAAUUAUAUAUUAUUAUAAAAAUAAAAUAUUCUUAUGGGAUUUACAUAUUUAAUUGUGAUGAUACAUAUGAUAUAGUUGUUAUUGAUUGCAAUACCUUUAAUAAGAAUAAGCCAAAAAUAAUGAGUUUUUUUUCAAUGAGAAAAUUUAUAUCCUUUCUAAAUAAUAUUUAUUCAAUUAAUUUUAGUGGUGAAAAUACAUAUGGAUCAUUUCCUAUAAUAGUCUACGAAUCAAGAGAAUGUUACGCGUCAUCACAUAAGCACCUUUCUCUUAAAUCAAGUGUGUGUAAAAAAAAAAAAAAAUCAAAAAAAAGAAAUAUUUUAAAUAAAAGAUCAACAGAAGAAAACAAUGAAGAGGACUAUGAAAAUGAACAUAAUAAUGAUAAUGAUGAUGAUGAUAAUGAUGAUGAUGAUAAUGAUGAAGAAGAUGAUGAUGAAGAAGACAUUGAUGAUGAAGAUGAUGAUGAUGAAGACAUUGAUGAUGAUAAUGAUGAAGAACAAAAUAAAUAUGAAGUAAAAGAUUAA